GCAACGUCCCCUCGCAGGCAGCACGCCCUGGGGCAUCGAGUAUAAAGGCCGGGAUGUGGCUUGCCUAUCCAGUCUGACCAUAUCGACUCGCCAUCAUGCCUCCUCGGCGUCCUUCCGCGACGACCCAAGCUCCCCGCAGAAGAAGAGACAUUGCCGUGCCAUCUGAUAUCACACAGUUACGCACCUGCACUAAUCACCAGUUGAAAAGGCACUGGCCCAGCAAAUGGGGAGUCCCCGAGCGUACCGCUGCUUAUGAGGCAAUCCGUAGCUGUAGUGGCUGGAAGCGGACACGGGACCCAACGGAAUUAUCGCUGUGCCACUUUGCGGACGAACAGGACCCGCAGCGCUGGCGCGAAUACUGUAAGAAGGUCAUAACGAAGAUUCCGGAACUGCACCGCUAUAAGGACGACUGGUUCAUUAAGGUUCUCUGGGACCGCUUCGUGCUUAAGCUCAAGAAAUCGAAGAGCAAGCAACACAAUUUGGAAACAGCGCGUAAACAUGAGGAGUCCAGCAUAGCGCUGGGCGGCGUCUUAUAUAUCGGCAAGCCUCAGGCUCACCAUCGCCCGAAGCUCGAGAGCGGAGCCCAGCUUGACUACUCUGCCAGUCUUUGGAUGAAACCGUCCGCAUCACAGCUUAUGGAUCAUAAAGACGACCUGAUCCUUCUGGGGCCCUCGGACACGGUAGAGGACGCUUUGCAUGCAUCGGCGUGGGCGGGGAGCGCUUCCUCUCAUCUAACAUCGCAUCGCUCGGUUUCUACCGCGACCUUGGUCUCGCACGCUCCGGUUAGCUUGAAUUGGCCACCGCGACAUACAGCUAUUCUACCUGCUAUGCCAUGCGCCAUGUGCGACUUCCGACCAGCGAUAGAACCGGAAAACAGAAGGGAACUGGAGAAGCUAUUCUACAACGUUCAUGGCGCGGCUCAACUCCUCCAGGUCCUUAG